CAGCCGCAGCGGCCCCGCGAGGAGGAGGAGCCGCCGCCGCAGCAUCAAAGAGACCGAAUUCCCGCGGCCUGGGGGGGAGUCAUGCUUUGCGGUCUGUAAUGUCAGCAGAACAGGAGAAGGAUCCCAUUUCGCUGAAGAGAGUUCGAGGUGGUGAUAGUGGACUGGAUGGGUUAGGAGGACCAGGUGUACAACUAGGAAGCCCAGACAAGAAAAAACGCAAGACAAAUACACAGGGGCCUUCUUUUCCUCCAUUGUCUGAGUAUGCUCCACCACCGAAUCCAAACUCUGACCAUCUAGUGGCUGCUAAUCCAUUUGAUGACAACUAUAAUACUAUUUCCUAUAAACCACUACCUUCAGCAAAUCCAUAUCUCGGCCCUGGUUAUCCUGGCUUUGGAGGCUAUAGCACAUUCAGAAUGCCACCUCACGUUCCUCCAAGAAUGUCUUCCCCAUACUGUGGUCCUUACGCACUCAGGAAUCAGCCACACCCAUUUCCUCAGAAUCCUUUGGGCAUGGGUUUUAAUCGACCUCAUGCUUUUAACUUUGGGCCACAUGAUAAUUCAAGCUUUGGAAAUCCAUCUUAUAAUAAUGCACUAAGUCAGAAUGUUAACAUGCCUAAUCAACAUUUUCGACAAAAUCCUGCUGAAAACUUCAAUCAGAUUCCUCCACAGAAUGCUAACCAAGUAUCUAACCCUGACUUGGCCUCUAACUUUGUCCCUGGAAAUAAUUCAAAUUUUACUUCUCCAUUAGAAUCCAAUCAUUCUUUUAUUCCUCCCCCAAACACUUUCAGUCAAGCAAAAGCACCACCCCAAAAACAAGACUUCAGUCAAGGAACAACCAAAAACAUGAAUCAAAAUUCCUCUGCUCAUCCACCUCACUUAAAUAUGGAUGACACAGUGAAUCAGAGUAAUAUUGAAUUAAAAAAUGUUAAUCGAAACAAUGCAGUAAAUCAAGAGAAUAGCCGUUCGAGUACCACAGAAGCUACAAAUAACAGCCACGCAAAUGGGACACAGAAUAAGCCACGACAACCUAGAGGUGCCCCAGAUACAUGCACCACUGAAAAAAGCAAUAAAUCCUCUCUCCACCCAAGCCGUCAUGGCCAUUCUUCUUCUGACCCAGUGUAUCCUUGUGGAAUUUGUACAAAUGAAGUGAACGAUGACCAGGAUGCCAUCUUGUGUGAAGCCUCUUGUCAGAAAUGGUUUCAUCGGAUCUGCACUGGAAUGACUGAAACCGCUUAUGGCCUCCUAACUGCAGAAGCAUCAGCAGUAUGGGGCUGUGACACCUGUAUGGCCGACAAGGAUGUCCAGUUAAUGCGUACUCGAGAAACUUUUGGUCCACCUGCAGUGGGCAGUGAUGCUUAAUCACCGGCAUUAACUAAAGGGUUUUAUUUUUUUCCCCUGAGUCUUGCAGAGGUUCAGUGACACAGGAUUUUAAUGUUUUACAUUAUUUUUCUAAAUGCACACACAAAAAGAUUAUUUACCUUUUAGUUUUCAUUAUUAUUCUACUUCAUUACCAGUGCAAAUUUUGUAUUGUUUUUGUUUGCUCUCUUAAAUGAGAAUAAUGUAUAUGGGGUGCUUUAGAAAGUAUACAAAUAAAUGUUAGUUGUUGUUGUUGUUAAUCAUUAACAUAAAAAAGCCUCUUGAAGCUUCAAAAUAAUAUAUAGCAAAUGUAGGCAAGUUUUGACUUUUAAAAGUCGGAAUCAUUGAAAAAUGUACAUUGCGGAGCUGAACUUUGGCAAUAUUACGUUAAAUGGUUCAAAAAUUUUGUUCAAGGAUCUAUUUGACAUGUUUUCAGAAAAAAAUAUAUGUAGCUAUAACAAGGAAGGAAUCAUACAUUUUAAUGGAUGUUUUAAAAAAUAAUAGAGUAUGUUACCAGAUUUCUUCCCACUAGGGUCCUUGAAAUUAGUGACUUUCCUAUUUUCAAGUCAGUCUUUUUAAGAUAUCUGCUUGUACAAGUAUGAGCAGAUGUUAGCACAUAGUAGAUGCCCAGUACGUAUUUGUUGAUUAACUUGUGGAUUGUACCACAUGAAAUUGCUAAUAUUAGAUCAGUUGAAAAAUGACAGCAAUUAGUAGAGUUGAAGUGAAGUAUGUUUCUAGUUGUGCUGUUUAGAAUUAUAACAGUAUUAUGCUCUUCAUUCAGCUUCCUUUGAUUGUUGAGUUGAUUCGUUAUUAUUUUCCAGAGAAAUAAAUAACAUAGUAUCCUCGGAAGAAUUGCGAAUACUUCUUUUAAUAUGAUUUCAAGCCAGGACAUACUGCAAAUGAGAUAGGUGGAAACAUCAAGUUGACCUUAGAAGGCUCAGCUGGGGAAAGAACUGCUCCGUGGUGGUUUGAAAAAUCUUGUUCUGGGGAUCUGGAUUCAAAGACGAGCCUCGGGAGAUCAGAAUCCAUUUUGAGCAAAGACCAGUUAAGAGCCAGGGUGAAAGCUAACUUACAAACAACAAUUUCAAGGCCUUGAAAUAGAGGGGAGUUUCUGUUCUGACUGGGUAAAGUGUAAAGACGGACCCAAGAACAUCCUCCUGGGAGAUGAUCAAGAACGGAGACAGUCAGAAGUGUACUCGUUAACAUUCAAAACAGUGGAAACCUAUUUUUAGAGUGGAUCAUGACCUGUGACCAAAAAACAAAAACACACAAGAUACCGUAUGACAAUUGAUAGGAGUUCAUACAAUGGUCGGAUGUUGGUGAAGCUCCCAAACUUGCGCCGUCGUUAUUGUGACCAAAAAAGUUCUGAAGGCCACGUGGUGAUCUGCAAAAGGAGAAUUAAUGACUACUGUUUAAACCCUAGUGAAACGGCAGCAGCAGCAUAUCGCCAAGAAAUUAAAAUUGUGCGUGAAACUUUAAAAAACAUCUUUUGGUUAAUAAACAUGAGCCCACACUUUUACAUGACAGCACUUGACCUCCUAUGUCACAAGCCACUAAAGCAAAGUUAAUUGAAUUGGGAUAUUAAAUUUUGUCAUGUCCAUUAUAGUCACCAGAACUUUAUCCAGCGAACUCCCAUGUUUUUCAUCAUUUGAAGCUUUUUUUAAGAAACAACAUGUUCUCCAAUUGAGAAGCAGUAAUUGGAGGGGAUAUGAACAAUUUAUAUAGCCGAAGAAAUGACAAAUUUUAUAAAAAUGAAAUAUUUAAUAUCCUACUAGAAGAAAAUUAUUAAUGCUCAUGAUGCAUAUUUUGAUUGAAUAAAACUUAUUUUUUUAAGCACAGUGUUUUAAUUUUGACCUACAAAAACAGCAAUUUCAUAUGGUACAAGGUAGUAGAAGGUUUUCUCCAUUUACCUGUGACUAGUUAGAGGUGAGUACAAAAUAUUUUCAAUAUAGUUGUAAAUUAUAUAUCUUUACAAUUUUAGGAAAUGAAAUGAUAUAAACUCUAAUACUAGGUACUCCUUGGUGUGACAAUGUUACCAACUGAAGCAGGUUAAAACGCAGUGUUUUUGGCUGAUCUGACAUUUGAUGUAUUCAGUAGCAUACUUGAAGAUCCCAUUUUGCUUACUUUAUAUUAGAUACGAUUUUCUAAAUGUUUAAGGACCUCGUUAUGUUGUUCUUGAAAUCCUAGUGAGUGCUGACUUUGAAGAAAUGAUGCACUGCAUGCUGUAAGCCCAGUCCUAGCAUCAGAUCAUGGUUUUUAUGACAAUAUAGGUUAGAUAGAUAUUGAGUAGAAACUUCCAGUGUCCUCAGGAGUUAACAUUUUACAUGGUAGAACUUGAGUUGUACUUAUUGUUAAAAUUGAUUAUUAAUGCAGUUUCUUAAGCCAUCUGUUAAUUGCAGUUUCAGUAGUUUUGUGAAAGUGAACUAACCUCUCCCAAGCUCGUCUAAAGGUACUCGAUUUGUAAUGUGAUUGUUUUCCAUUUCCAAAUAGUUGUUUUUAAACACAAGUGAAUUUUUAUUCAAGCAUGUAGGUUUUCAGAGCACCUUAUUUAAGUAAGAGUCUGUAAAUAGUCAAAGAAAAACCCUUAAUGACAGACAGUGAGUCAUAGGCAAACUAUAAUCAUAGUGCGUGAAUGUGUUCAUAUAUUCAAAUUACUUUUUUAACUAGUUCCACGUUUCUCUCUGUAUGACCGUAAGUCAAAAAUUAGAUGAUUUUUGAUAGGAAAAGUGAUGAAGUAUAAGAAUGUCCAAUUUGACCCAAAGAAGGCUAUUAUACAAAUUGAUACGGCUUUGUUAGGACAAGUGAUGAGCUGCCCUAAACAUUUUCAGAUACUCAGUAAUGGAAAGAAAUGUACAUAUGUGGGAUAAUCUUCCAGUAGCAUUGCACCUUUUCUCAUGUAAUCCUUUCCCCUUCACUGAAAAGCCUCAUCUCACAUGCACAUGUACACACACACACACACACACACA